AAAAUGGCCACUGUCGAAUGGUUGCACAGAAGGUUGAAAUGGCUAUCUGCAAUUUCCACAUUCUCGCCAGAAGUUGUACCACCUGCAGAUCGAAGUGAAACACAGAUGUACAGCACACAAUUUGUAUGUGCCAAUCAUUUUUUCCCUUCUGAUUUCAUCUGUAAGGAUAUCAAGAGGUUAAAUCGUGUAGCGGUACCAUCAGUGUUUGAUUCUGGUGAGGCUGAAAAUCAUUUGCCAGAGAGGAACGAACCUUUACUGCUUACGUCAGUGGUGGAGCAGAUGACAACAUUGUCUCCAUCUUCGCCACAUGUCUUACCUGUUCAACAUGUAUACUCACGGCUGCGGAGUGUAGAGGGAGUGAAUUCUGUGUGUAAUGUUUCAAAUGCUGUUAAAGACAAUAACACAUUCAUGCCAGUUUCUUCAUCAACACCAAAAGCUAGAUGUAAGCUACAAAUGAGUGAUGCAAGUUCAUGUUCAUCUAGUGCUGAAAAUUUCUCAGAAAUAUUGGCUGUGAAUUUGAGUGAUUCUACUGCCCAUUCAACUGAAAAAUGUAUGUCAAAUGUGGUAAACCAAAGUGGGAAUCUCCUUAAAUCUAUGGGUGUAUCAAAGGUAUCUUCGCUAACGCCGAGGAAAAAAAAACUUUUUAGAAAAGUCCAGGGUACAGUGAAAUGUCUUAAACGUGUUCGUGAAAAUCUUAGGAAAAAAAAAUUGACUUACAAGGAAACCAUAGGUACUGCUAAAAACUUGUUGGCUAAUGAACUCAGUGACAUGUCACCAGCUGCAUACAAUAUCCUUAUGUCACAGUUGCGUUGCAAAAAUCGAAAACCUGAAGGAAGAAGGUGGACACUAGAUGAGAAGGUUAUGGCACUUACAAUUUACAAACGAAGUCCUUCCUGUUACUCAUUACUUAGGCGAAUGCUUGUCCUGCCUUCAAAAAGAACCCUGCAAAGUGUCUUAAAUGAAGUUCCGUUCAAGUGUGGUGUUGAUCAGGGAGUAAUGACAAUUCUGAAGCAAUCUCUUUCACGUUUGGCAGCUGAAGAUAAGUUUUGUGUUUUAAUGUUAGACGAAAUGUCAUUGAAGGAGCAUGUACAAUAUUGCCCAAGGGAAGAUAAAAUUCUUGGUCUUGUUGACAACGGUGCCUCAAGAAGUGGUGAAAAGGCCAACUAUGUAAUGGUGUUCAUGGUGCGAGGCUUGAGGAAGAAAUGGAAGCAGCCAGUUGCAUGUUACUUCACACAUGGUGGAAUGAAAGCAGGAGAACUAAAAGAUGCCAUGAAAGAAGUGCUUUCCUCAUGUUUUGCUAUUGGCCUAAAUGUAAUUUCCACUGUUGGUGAUAUGGGCAGUAACAAUGUUGCAGCACUCAAACAGCUUGGAGCCAAAUUCCCUGACCCAUUGUUUACGUAUGAUGGACAUGAUAUAGCUGUUGUAUUUGAUCCACCUCAUUUGCUGAAGUGUUUCAGGAACAUGUUCCUUUCACACAUUGUGAGGGGUGUGAAGGUUCGUGGCAAUCUCCCGGUGCAUGGAGCAGCAAAAUGGGGACAUCUCGAGAGUAUGUUUGAAGAAGAUAAGAAAUCUGUAUUCAGGCUUGCUCCGAAAAUUACAGAUACUCACCUUUUACCUACUUCGAGUGACCGAAUGAAAGUAUCUACCGCAGCACAGAUUAUGAGUCAUACAGUAGCAGCAACCAUCCACAGCUUUGUCAGUAGAGGUAAUUUAAAUUCUAUCCAAAACCAAAAAUUAUUUAGUUUUAUUUUUUCCAGUUUUCAAUCACUUUUCUGUUAAUUUUUCGUGGUGUUCAUAGCCCUCUUCACAAUCAAUAUGUAUGAAAGUUAUGUUGCUCAAACACACGCUAUCCACUGUUUUGGGGGUUAUAUAAUACAGAUUCCUGAAAUUGUGAUAUGUAAGGUAAUGGAAGCGAUAACCAAUAUGCUGAGAGAAUUUUUGCUCAUAUUAAUUUUUGCAAGCGAACAUAUUGACCAAAUAUGUAUAAUGUAUAUACCAGAAGAAACUUAACAUUUGUAUUUAUUUUAAACUGCACAAAAACAAUCCAGCAGCAUUAUUUUUUAAUUAAUAUUUCUUAAAAAGACAAUAGAUUUGUUCCAAAGUUUGGCACGUAAAAUUUUUGUGCUGUUUUAGUGCUAGAGUAUAUUUUUUAAUGCAGUUUAUUGAUUCAACCAGCAUGCAUGAAAGUAUAAGGUUUAGAGUAACAAUUUCUCUUAUAGGUAUUAAGAAACCUUAUCACUUACAAUUAUGGGUUAGAAAUGCAUUAUAUUGUUUACACUCUACAUACAUAUAUUUUUUUCUGUGUUCUAGAUAUCCUUCCACCAGAUGCUACUGUCACUGCAUCAUUUUUGGCUGAUGUAGAUCAACUGUUCGACAGCUUCAAUGGCUCAGAGCGAUAUCCGCCUCCUGGUAAGCCAUUGAGAUGCUGUUUAUCAGCAACAAGUCCACAUCUAGAAUACUGGUUGGAAGAAGCAAAAAGCAAAGUUCAUAAUUGGCAAUUUUGCAAAGAUCCUGCAGCUGAAAAGCGUCUCAAGAAAAAAACCACAGAUAAUCCACCACCUUUGAAUCCUGGGAAGGCACGCAAAACUGUGUCUCGCCCUCCAUCCCAGUGGGGUUGGAUAACUUCCAUUAAUGCUGUCAUACACGUUUGGAAUGUACUGUCUGAAGCAGGCUUUUCAUAUUUCCAAGUACGAGCUCUAAAUCAGGAUCCGCUUGAAAAUCUUUUUGGUUUGAUACGUUCCUACUGUGGUGCAAACAGUAAUCCCACUUUUAUGCAAUUUUCUUCUGCUUUGAAGACUGCUAUUGUCAAUGGUAUGGCAUUUAAAAGUUUUUCUGGCAAUUGCCUAUCAGAUGAUGCUAGUAUUUUGAGCGAUUUGCGUGGUUUUUUGUUGAACAAACCUCAGAAAGACGAAAACAUCUCGUGUAAUGAACUGAAAGAGUCUGUACAUUAUCACGAUGUCACAGAUAGAAUUGAACAAGCUGUUGAAUCUGGUGAUGCAUCAAUUAUUUCUUCAGCAUACGUUGCAGGGUUCAUUGCUCAUAGGUUAUUGGCUAAAUUGGACUGUGCAAGCUGCAAAACAGUACUUAUAGGCAGUGAUGUCAAUUUGUGUAAUGUUGCAAUAAUGUUUAAAGAAUAUUCGGAUGUUAAAAAUUAUCUGACAUACCCUUCUCAAAAUCUCGUUACUUUUGUUGCCAAGUUUGCUGUUCUGUUUGACCAAUUUAUGGUGUCCAAUAGUUAUGUUGAGAACCUUCUGCACUCACUUUGUCAGCAUAUGAAAAAUGAAUUGAGUGCAACAUGGCUGCAGGAGUUGCAGUGUGACCAUUUUAGUCAUCUACAGUAUGAAAUUGUGAAAGCAGCUGCACAUAUAUGUGUUCGCUGGUGGUGCAAAAGAGUAAACAGGGAUUUGGUUAGGUCAAGGAAAGUAAAGCAGCAGGCCAAAAAGAUGAAAAUAUUGACACACAAAUAAUGUACAGUUCAAUAUUGUGUAACUAUGCAAAUUUAAGACGCAGUUAUCUUUAUCAAAAUUAUAACGAUUACUACCCAUUUGCAUAGUAGCAGUAAGUAUGUAAUUCUCUCUCUGCUUGUAUAUUAUAAAGGUAAUUUCUAUACUUUAUAGAAAUAAGUUUAUUUAUUUUAUUCAUGGUUAACAUUUUUAUCAAUUUAAUUAUGGUUCGUUUAUUCUAUGUAAUUGUGUGUGAUUUGAAUAGUAUUUUUUGCUUUGCCUAUGAUGAUAAUUUUAUCUUUGGUCAUAAAUUUAAAAUUAUUUGUUUUUUCUCUGCAUUUUGUCAAAAAUUGAGAGAAUCGCGGUGGUUAUUAACAAGACAAAAGAAAAAAAAGGUUCUUUAGAAUGUUUGGCCGUAAUCACGUUUUUAAGUUGGAUUCUACGAAUAGCUACUACGAGAAAUAUGACCAUUUAAAAUAAGUCAAGCUGAAUUACUGAAAAUUGAAGAAUAUUUAUAGAUAUUUGUAAGGAAUUAAUUGGAUUUAGAUAAAAUAAUUUACAAAGAAUUACCAUAUACUUUCAACGAGAGCUGAUCCAUUAUCGACGUGUAUAAAAGAUCGUACCAUGAAUAAGUAAUGUUGAAGAAUAAUCGCAAAUUGACCUGCUAAAGACUAAUCUAAAAAUUCAAUGAAGAGUUGAAGCUCGAGUCUACUUCUGUACUACAGUCCUGCCAAACCAUGACUGACUGAAGGAAGGUGGAGGAACAGUUCCAAUCAACGAUGAAGAUUCCAGAGAAGGACGAUCCGUGAGCCAAUCCGAAUACCAGCCCCAGGAGACCGUUCGAGAGGAGUGCCCAUAGGACUACUUCUACCAGGUCCUAGAGUGAUGGAUGUCCUUGUCCGCUGAUCGCGCUGGGCGGUGAUCACCGAGGAUGGCCUCUUUUCCUGGAUGUGGUUGGCUGAAACCGAGGUCGGUUCGUACCAGUCCCGUCCCGUCGCUGUAGAAACUUUCAUCGUUUACGUUCCAGAGUUCUAUCCACAUUAAGAAAUAAAAAACUUUAUUUCUUCUAAGAUACUUAAAGCAUUGCAAGUUUAAACAAAAUUUGUAACAACUAUUCUUCAUACAUGUUAACUUGGUUAGUUUAAUUAUCAGAUUUUUUUACCGGGAUCCCAGUAUUACAUAGUUUUAGACGUAGUACAUGAUUGGAAUUCAUUUUGGAGUCAGAAACUAUUGAUUAAGAAUCUUACUCUGGUGUAGGAUUGUUUUUCACUGAAACCCAGAGGUUCGCUCACCGACUGAUCACUAAACAGAACACACUCAUAAUAUAUACAUAAUUUAUUUUGGUUCAUAGUAAUUUUCAACAGGAGUUGAACUUUAAAGUAGAGACAAUAUUAAUUUAUUUUAACCUGAAGUAAUUGAUUUACAUCUGUGCAUAAAUAUUAAUUUUUGCAAAUUGAUUACGACUUUGCACUUAGAUUGAUGAGGAACAAAACCCCUAUAAGAACUCCAAUCAUCGGAGAUUAGCAAAUAAUUUUAAUUAUACCAUAGUGUGAUUUUAUUAAUUCUGUGGAUCAAAUAAGUGAUAUGAAUGUUAUGUCAACGAUACAGAGAUACUUAAAUAAUACACUGCCAUUUAUCACCGAUACCACAUACUUUUAUUUACCACGGAUAAAAUAAUUACACUAAGGAGUAUUUUCAGUUUGAAUUCAAGUAAGGUUAAUUCACAUUAUUCAAUUCAUUCAUUCUGGGCCGGAUACCACAGAUGUUAGGAAAUUUACAAUCAAUAAUCCAUAAUUUCCGUCAGAAACAUUAGUGGGUACCGCCCAAUAUGUUUUAUUAUGGUGGAAAUAAUGAUAUGAAAAGUUUAACAUUAAUUUUUAAUAAAUCAAAGUAUAGUGUAUGACGGGCAGAAAUAGUCAUACCUACACAAUACAUGAACAGUUGGAAACACAAUUUCACUAAUUACUAUAAGUAAACAAUCAUUCAAUGCACACGCCUUAACGUAAAAUAAUAUACAUAUUUCAAAAGCUGGAGUUACGUUGAAUAUUAUCCCAUCAAAAAAUUGUCUUUUCCUUUUAGUACAUUACUAUUCAUUUAUGAAGUUCAAAAUUACAGAUUCUUAGAUACUCAAUUUAUUAUAAUGCAGCAACUAGUUAUUUCAGGGAGAAACAAGACUAAUUUUCCUGGAUACCACUGGUUUGCCAUGAAUCGUUGAUAGCAAUUUUAUUUAUGUAAACUAAUUUGAGAUUAUUAUAGUUCAGUAAUUGUACAUUUUAUUCAUUGCUUGAUAGUAUUUCCAAAACAGAUGUAUGUAUGCAAUUCAGUUAUUUGCAAAUAAAUUACUUAAAAUGGCGACAACGAACAUUUAUGGUGAGUUCCAAGGCUUACCUCAGGAACAGUCACUAAUUUGUAGUUAUUACACUCCUAACUACAAUAUUGUCAGAUAUUGAUCUAAAUAUUAUUACUUACACUUCUUAGCCAUUAAUAUUUCCAUUUUAUUUUAACCAAUAUCUUACUAAAAUAUGCUAUAAAUCAAUAUGUGCAGUGAUAAAAAUCUCAUGAAAUAUAUUGUCAGGCCAUUUCUUUGAAGCUUCGUUUAUCAGUCUGCGUUCAAUUACUCCUACCUUAUAAUGUGCUGUGGUGUUACAUCAUUUUACAACACACUAUGUGAGUUUAUAAAAUAGCAUGAUGAAAUGGCAUGCAUAUGUUCACAGUCUGGAAUGAUUAAUUGCUAUCAUAUAAAGUUUACAAAUAUCACUCCAAAAUGAAAUCAAUAAAAAAAGGUGUUAAAAAAAUCUUACAAAUUAUAAAUUGAUAAUUACUCUACUGCAAUAGGAUGUGUCCAUUUAAAUGUCUGUAUGUGAGUCCUUUGGAAAAUUUGUAACUUAAUUUUAAUUUUGAAAACAAAUAUAAUUAAUUAGCAGUUGAUAAAUAAACAAACAAACUUAUGUGGAAGUCACAUGGAAUUAUAUCUAGAAUAGUGAUAGUUAAGUAUAGUAAGUGACUAUUAUGACAAUUGUUCCUUGCAAAGCAGGGAUUCCAAAAAAUGUUUAACUUUUGCUGAAAUGGUUAUUGUCUUUUUUCUUUUAGAAAGUACACUCAUUCAGUUCCUAUACACACUUAUGUAUAUGAACUAUGUAUUAUACAUUACCACUUAACAGACAGAAUAAAUACUAUAACCAAGUUCUGUGCUAUAUGCAUUGUUUCAAAUAAGUAUUAUUUUAAUUCAAAUUAUAGCAGUGUAUUGUUUGUUGUUAUAACCUACAUUUUAAUGUAUUGUAGAAGAAGCUGAAUUUUCUUAUUAGGUUCAUAGUAAGAUGGUCUUGGUUUAUAAUUAUUAUUAUUUUCUGAGUUGCAGCAAGCUUAUUUCCUCAACAUUAAAAAUGUUUCCAAAUUCUCAUCUAUGCUGUUCUGGGCAGUUAUGGAAUACUAGGAAUUUUAUACAAGAAUCUUUACAUUCAUUGCUCCAGAAAAUGUAAUAUAUCCUGUAAGUCAUGUAACUACUGUGGAAAACCAAUAACAACAGUGCAAAGUAUCUAAUUAUUUCAUGUUAAAUCAUUAAUUUUUGUUAUGAUUAUAGCUUUAAUGAACAGUGCAUGGAAAAACUUCAAAACAAUUGUGUGUGUGUGUAAAAUAGUUUUAUUUUAACAAAUAAAUAUGCUAACAAUAACAAUUCACUUCGUAUUUCCCGUAGCUAUAUACUUUCAUGUUUUACAUGUGGAGGUUGUAACGUUGCAAACCCCUGCCCUCCCAGCUAAAUAUUUUUCUUUUAAACUGUUUUCAUGCAUGUAAAUAUUUCUUAAAAAAGUCUCGCUAAGCAUAUUUGACCGUUUUUACGUAUUUUAGGGCUGAUAUUUGUACUUGCUGUGUGUUUUAUAAUGUACUUUGUAUUUUAACAGACAUUUUCAAUCAUUACUAUUUUUUAUGUAAUUAUUCACAAAUAAGUCGUCGUACUAGAUUUUUGCUUGUUUUGGCCUACUUUUUCAAGUUUUUCUCAAUAAGUUUAAUUUUGUCAAGUAAUUUGUAUUAUGAUUGCUGUUCCAUAAUGAUUCUAGAACUAGGGACUGUGUCUGGGGUGAUGUGCAGAAAGAGAGAGACAUAAGAGGCCUGUAAGUGCAAGUGAGAUAGAAACAGUGAUUCCCAGUAAGAGAGAGACUGUAACGAUAUCUCGUCACUGCGUGGGAACUGGAGGAGAACUACUCUCCCACUGUGUUGGAGAGAGAACAAGAAUGUAAAGUCCCUGGCUCUAUGUAUAGAAAACUGUUUUCAAUGUAUGUCGCAUAUUCCUAUUGGCUUGUGAUUUGUAUUGUGAAUGAAGCGUGUGUGUGAUUGGUUGGUGAGGUCAUGGACUGCCCUCCCUGCGUGAAGGACACAGUGCCAUGAUCUCACCAGUGGUCUGUCGAUCGCUGCACAACGAAGGCGCGUUCAGUGGCUUCUCGCAAAUUAUGUAGUAUUGUGGAAUAGAAAAAUUUAACGUCGGUAGCUAGAGCCAUGCCGUUUAAUCAUUUGUUGUUUUGAAACUUUUUGGACAUUUUUUUAUUUUGAAAUAGCCGCUACUGACGGCGUUUUGGCUCAUGGCGAAAUUCAUUUUCAUUGGGUGUGGCCCUGUUUGAGGCCGCACUGAUUUCGUGUACUUACAGUAAGAUAUUACUGAAGGACUUAACCUACGUAAUUUUUCGUUAAUCCUCAUCGUCAGAGCUGUGAGUAAUUCUCGACAGGCGGAUGUACGAGUGGAAUGAGUGAGAAAGAUUUUGAAAGUGAUUGAAUUUAUCAGUGUAGCAUUCUACGUUGAAAAAUAAAACAAAAACUACAGUUGG